GCUCAGUGUCGUCCGAAACACAAGUGUGUUAAAUCUUUUUUUCAUUAGAUGCGUGCGAAAAGAGACGUGUGUUCCAAGUGAAAAAUUUCGUAUAUGCUGUUAAAAAGUGCACUAAUUACGACUACUAAAGGUUGCACUUUACACAGGUCAGCUAUAAUAAGAUCAAGAUAUCUUUCAUGUCAUAGACGCAUAUACGUUGCAUACAGAAUGGAUAAUGUCAAAGAAAGACAGUAUCACGACCACACGUUAUCAUCAUCGGAUAUCCCUGCUGUCAAUGUGACACCCUUCUCUAUGAGCAAGCAGAAACGACUUGGUCCCGCGCCGAUUGCUUCUUUUGAGGAUACCAUAGCUGAGGAUAAAAAUCGAAUGGAAACUUCUGGCCACAAAUCUGGACGAUAUCGCUCCAAAGAGAAAGACUCUCCGAAAAAAACAUCCCCACCUAAUACAGCUGGCAGUACAAGUGCAUUGGUGCCCUCAACACCCAGGAUAGACAUUAGUAGGGCUUCGUCACAUUCUUCUCAUCACGAUAGUAGAGAUAGCAGUCCGGAGAAUGUUUUUGAACAGGUUGGCACUGGCACAUUGCAGGAUUCUGGCGUACUGGGAUAUAGAGAAGAAGGUGCAUUGGACCUACGCAGCUCAACUGAAGAAUUGCAUUUCAUGGAACCUGAGAAAGGAAAAACGGAAAGAGAAAAGCCACAAGCACCGAGGCAUUCGCCUAUAAUGUAUAAACUGGAUGAUCAGCAACAAAUUUUGGGACACCAUCAACGCAAAGACUCUGCAAGCUCUGAGGUUGCAGCAUUCUUGUGUAUCUCUGGACGAACUAGUCGUAUAUCAAGUGUAGGUAGCCAAGGAUCAGGUAAUAGCAAGCUGUCAGUUGUCUCUGGUGUAUCUGGUAUUUCCCGAUCACCUUCACCACAUCGUAUGCUGCUGGAAACAUCGUUUUGUGGGCCGAAACCUCUACUAGGGAUAACUGAUGGCAGCAUACCUAGUAGCAUCGAACCAAUAACUGCAAAAAUAAUCGAGCAAGUUAUAUUGUCAAGAAAAAAAGACCUUACCGAAGCAGUUUUGGCUGAAGGUAUUCACGUAGAUACUGCAUCUAAUAGUGAAGCGCGUAACAAUCUAGUGUAUGAUGCAGAAUUACCCCGCAGAAAAUCAGACAGUAACGCUAACAUAAACCGUAAAGAAGAAAUAAUUCAGCCACCACUUACUAGUAGAAGUAUUUCAAACAAACGAUACAUUCCACCAACAGAUUUAAGUAAACCAAUUGUUGGUGUAAUGCCAAGCGGUACUGAAUAUAUAAGAAUAAAGUUAAAGCCAGAUCACUGCUAUAGUGAUAAUGGAAUAGCUGAUAAUGAAAGAAUAUUGGAUGAUGACCAAAAAAAACCCACCUCAUUAAAUCUUGAUAACUCACGACAUAGGCGAGGCGGAUCGUCAACACGAGAUGAGCCCAGUGUGAGUCCGAAACCAGCUCAGCAGAGCAAGCUAUCUCGAGAGAAUAGCAGCCGUUCUCCGUCACCAGCUACUACAUUUUCAAGGAAAAAUUCAUUAUGUUCAAUAUUUAAACAAAGAGAUUCAGCUAGCCCAGAUUCUCCAAGUAUUGGUCAUGCCAGAAAAAAGAACGGUUCAAACAACCCUCACGAGUAUAGAGAACGAUCGCGCAGUAAAAGCAAAGAACGAGAAUCUGCUUCAUUGAAUACUACGCCAAACAAACAAAAAUCGGUGUUAGCUAUAUUUAAGCCAAAUAAAAAAAACGGUGCAAAAUCAAAGUCACCAUCACCGAUAGAGCCAUACCCGUGCUCUACAACGUCCAACAUUUCAAAUGUUGAGUUUAAAUUCAAAGAUGAAUCGCAAUCUACUCCAAAUCAGCGAAAUCAAUUGCGGUAUUAUGAUACACCGUUGGAUGGUAAAAGCAUUCAUAUUCCAUUGCAUACCCCUCCUGAAGAGAAACAAUUUAAAUCAUUGCUAUCCACUGCACCAAUGAUAUCGAGUGCAGCGCAGGUGGUUAAUGAAAAGGUGUCACCCUCUACUCAGUCUGUGAACUCAAGCAAUAAUUGUACUAUUACUAUUCAUAAUAGACCCAAACCAAUGCCACCUCUCAAGUGUUAUCGAAUUGAAAACCCAGAUGGAAGCAUAACUAUACCUUUAAAAUCGCCUACCGAAGAAAAAGAGCGAGACAGUUUAUGGAGCAUGGAAGCGCAACGUGACAGUUCUCAAGACAGCCAAGAAACUGUUAUCUCAGUUGCGCCUCCGCAGCAUAGCAAUACGCCAUUAAAAAACACAACACAUGCCUUACCUUUAACAAAAUCUCCAAAUGGAGUAGAACUGUCCAGACAAGAUGAUCCCGAAUUCGCACUAUCGGAGACCUUCUCGAACACACUUAACCAAUCAGAAAAACCUACCACCAUAGUGAAAAAGACUACUAAAGAAAGAAAGCAAUUGUUGUUUGCUAUGAAAAUGGGAUCUGGUAGUCAAGAGCAAACUUUCACUACACAAUUCAGCAUUUCCAAAACAGAAAGUCAAUGCAGCCAGCUAUCGGAAGUAGAUGCAAAUGAAUCUAAUGAUGUUAAUGUCGUUGAAAAAAAUGAGUGUAUGCCACUUGAUAAUAUGUCAGUUGUUUAUCGUAAUAAACGACUUGAUUGUGUAAAACGAAGAGGUCUUAAAGAAAAAUACAAUCGAUCUGAAAGCGCAUCGAGUGAUUCGAUAGACUUCCAUCGCCAUUCACGUUAUAUUGAAAAUCCUGAAGAAAUUCUCAAUAUGUAUCAACAGGCCGAAACAAGUAUGCCGAGUGAACAAAAGUUUACGGUAAAUGAGGAAUCUUCUGUUUCUCAGGACACUAGCCGAUAUGAUUCAACUGUUAAAAUUUCAUCCCAGUUCAAGAAUUCAUCAAGAAUACUCAAUAUAAAGUCAACGGCUUCCAAUGAUGAGCAAGUAUUGUCUUCAGAAAGUGAAAAAGAUUCUGAGGUAGAUUCUAUGACAAAAAGCAAACAUGUACACUGCAACCUGCUAGCCAUCGAAGAUCACGAAAGCGCAGGAUUAGUACUACAAGAAUCGUUCGAUGAUGAAUUACCUUAUAUACCUACUACACUACCAGAAGAACGAUCAAUUGGUGUAAAACUUUUACCAAUGAAAGAACGUGCUCAAAUGGGGAUGAAAACCUGUCCAUUAGAAAGGCCUAGAUCUACAACACCAAUACAUCCAGCUUCACUGGAAAAUUACUGUGGUAUUACUAGCGCGGUUGAAGAUACCGAAGCACAUUUAAUUCGCGGAGAGAAGCUACGAAUCAGUCUGCCUAAAAAACACGAUGUUUCAGUAGACAGAUUACCUAAAAAUCGAUCUCCCCGAAAAACAUCUCAUUCAUCCGGCAAAAAUUGGUUUGAAUUUGCAGAGCACGGUAUCAAUAGCACCAAUCAAGCACCGACAGCAAGUAAUGGGGACGAGAAAGAAUCCACACACCAAUCAAAUGCAGAAGAAGAACCUCCUCCUCCUCCUUUGCCACCUCGUAAAGCCUCACAACAGUGGGUUGACUUUGAGAGCAUUCCAGAGAAACGGAAACCAAGCAAGCGUAUAGCAUCUCUCCCACAACAAGAAUCAGUUGAUAAUGUUCCAAUCACAGGAGUUCUUUAUAACUAUGUAAAACCCGAAGAAUGCCAAUGUGAGUGCCAUGAAAGUGAACGAGAAUCUGGUAAACAAAAAUCAUCAUUUCUAGACAAUGAAACCGAAGAUCAACAGCCAUUACUACAACAGGACUUAUUGGAUGAUUCUACUAGAAGAGAUGACGGAUGUUUUCAAAUUCUACUGAACCCGGAGACAGACAAAGCGAAUUUACGAGUUGGUAAUCAAAAUCCCUUACAAUAAUUCUAGUCAUUGCAGUGGUUAGACAGAGUGAUCUGUAACAAUGUAAGACAACAAUAAUUUCCUUCUCUCUCAACAAAUAAAACGCGAAUAAUAACAUUGUAUGUGGGUUAUAAAAAGUAGCUCCAACAGUUCGUUAAACCGUGAUGUAUUGAAGAAUUUGUAUUUUCUCAGUCCAUUGUCGAAUGAUGCGUUACAGAGCUAACAUAUUAAUAAUGUCACGAUCUUAAAUAAACAAUAUUUGUUCAUUAGAAUAGAAAGCGAUAUAAUUGUGAUAGAAGUAUAAAACUUAGUUCUGACAAACAUAUUGUUACCCCUCUUCGAAAAUUAUUUUAUGUCUGAAAACUGCAAAUACAGAAACUCCCAGUGCGUUGUUCCAAAACGUGUAUGUAAUUAAUAUUAUGUUAUAGCUUUUGUAUGAAUAUGUAAUAAUUUGUAAGAUAGCAUGCUAUAGUGUUUGUUGAUUGUAGAUAAUUGAUGAUGCUAAGACAAAGACUCGAGUAUGAGUAAAUUGUUGGGAUUGUUUGACACAACACAAAGGUCGAGAAUAUGAAUCAUAAAUUCUUUGUUCGUUCUUUAAUUCUAGCCGACUACUAUUGCAUUUUUGUUAUUGCCAAAGAUUUAUUUUCAAACAGUUCGUAUAAUAUCAGCGCUAGGGCUAGAGAAUAUCCCCAGGUACGAAAAGUUUCACUAUAAUGGUCCUAUUUAUUCAUUUAAAACUUAGAAUUCUACCGGCCAACAUUAAUUUAAAUGUGGUUUGAUAUUAUUGUUAAUAACAUUUCUAUUUAAAAAAAAUCAACUAAUCAUAACUGUUUCAACUUAUAACAGUGCGAUAACUCAUAACUGUUAGGUUAAAUCGUUCGGCUAAUAAGCGACUAGUCGUAUAUUCCAAUCUUAUAAGUUCCCCAUUCGUUUUAUUUUUCAUUGACGUCCUCGUUUUCAUGAUCGAGAAUACUAGUAGAUCAGAAAAAAAUAUUUGUUUAUGGAAAUCUUCAUGUUUAUGGAAGAAAAUUCAUUGUGUUUAUGGAAAUCUUUAUUUGCAUAAUUUUUGAAAACUGAGUCGGGGAAGGUGUUGCGGAGUCUUCAAAUUUUCGUGAUUUAUUGUGACAUGAUGAGGGAGGUGAGUCAAAAUUUUCUCAAAUGGGCCACCCAAAUUAGAUGAUAUCGGAAUUUCGAUGGAAAAUCCAAUCUUUUGGUAGUAUUUUGCUUUGCAAAUCCAAAUCCAGAUGGGUUUGGCGUAAAUAAAAAUAAUUAUAAUAUUGCAAUUUGAAGUUAUUAGUCCGUUUCUACAUUUCUUAGAAAAGAAAUGUAUAGACUUUCUCAGUCUAUUAUACUUAAGCAAACGUUAUAUUUAUAGAUUGCCCGACGUUUCGGCCGCGUAAAUUAGAGUAAGUUCACAAUGUCAAUGUCCCCCCUUUUUGUACCUUUCUGUUUUCCUUUUACUCACUAUGACAUGAAUAAAUUUUCCAGUUUUCCCUUGAAAAAGGCCAUCAAAAACGGCCGAAACGUCGGGCAAUCUAUAAAUAUAACGUUUGCUUAAGUAUAAUAGACUGAGAAAGCCGUAAAUAUCAGUGAAUAUUCCGUAACCAGCCGUCAAACAUCUUAUUAGAAAUGUAUAGAAUUCGCUCAAACUUUCUUUCGAGGCCCGGAGGGCCGAGUCCUUUAUACCUUAUAUAUCUUAUACUCAGCUCGACGAUCUGGUACAAUGACUUUUUUUUGCAAUGGAGAAGACCUUUACGUCCUAGCCCAGUACACGUGCUAUUGGUAGGGUCAAAUCUACCGCACGGGGUGCACUGGGGGCGUGUCGGGCUCGAAUGGUGACGCUGCCAUUAAUACCGACUAAACUCCAUUGGCUUCCGCCAUCAUUCCUCCCAGGAACUACCUCUCGGUAUUACUUCUGGGGGGAUGGCUGUACUAAAUGUACUCAUUCACUCUCACUCACGCGUUCAUACGUCCUGUAUGAGGCUUACUUGGGUGCUCUCUCUAUCGCACCUUGAUUCACUCUCAAACACUCCCACAUGAGGCUGACUUUUGUGCUCACCUUUUUCGUUCCUUGCGAGGCUGACUUGUGUGCUCACCUUACUCAUUCCUUGCUAGGUUUACUUUUGUGCUCGCCCCACCCAUACCAUGUGAGGCUGACUUGGGUGCUUACCCUAUCACCGGAUUCACUCUCGAUCGUGCCACUCUAUUGUACCUCUGUCACUCCCCCUGGCAUCCCAUGUGGGACAUUUUACUUAGGCCCCACUUCUGACAUACCCUGCGAGGCUGACUUGUGUGCUCACCUUUUUCAUUCCUUGCUAGGCUUACUUUUGUGCUAGCCUCUACCAUACCAUGUGAGGCUGACUUUUGUGCUCACCCUUAACAUGCCGUGUGAGACUGACUUGGAUGCUCACCCUUUCACUCCUCUGCCACGCCAUGAGGCAUCGAUAGCUAAGUCCCUACAUACUACGCUACGACCCUCCCGUCUUGGCAUGAGGCAGUCCACUUAUACGCCUAUACACUCACUCUUCUGUCUUGCUUCGGGGUGGCUGGGUUUACCCCUUACGCGGUUGCCAGUCGCUCCGCCAAACCUGCCUCGGCAUGAACAGACCAUUCACUCCCUUUUUUGCGCUUGGCCUUUUUCGCUUCAGCUAACCAAUCACUAGUUAGCCGUGCCCGUCGUCUGUUGCUCGGUUCACCAGAUUACCUGUAGCCUACAGGCAAUCUGGAUGGUAGCAGCCGAGACAGCGUUCCACUUCUCCACCGAUUGACACAUCCUCUGAAUAAGGGUAUCAGAGGUUGUGUCCCAGCCGCAGACGUCAAGCAUUGCUCUUCUUUCGACGUCGAACCGAUGACAUACGAACAGUAUGUGUUCGGCAGUUUCGUCUACACCUGGGCAGUCCGGGCAGACUGGGACCUCCGCGUGCCCGAACCUGUGGAGGUACUGUCGGAAACAGCCAUGGCCUGACAGGAAUUGUGUCAGGUGGAAGUGAACUUCCCCAUGGGGUCUUCCCACUCAGCUCGAUAUGCUAGGUAUCAGCCGGUGGGUCCACCUACGUCUCGAGGAGUUGUCCCACUCAUGCUGGCAUCUGGCGACCGAGGUCACCCUGGUGCGCUCGCGGGCUCCCCUAUUUCCACGUAGCUCGAAGCACUCCUCAUCUUCCCGAAUGACCAGCUCGACUGGCAUCAUGCUCGCUAUCACGCAGGAUGCAUCGUGUGAUACCGUGCGGUAGGCAGAUAUCACUCUGAGGCACAUCACGCGGUAGGUGCUCUCCAGUUUCUGUAGGUAACUGGUAACCCUCAGUGCUCUUGACCAUGACGGGCCGCCGUACCUGAGGAUAGAUGUGGCAACGCCUGCCAGUAACCUACGUCUACUGGCGCACACCUUUGAGCUGUUGGACAUCAUUCUCGAUAGAGCCGCAACAGCAGUCGACGGUCUCUUGCAUGUAUAGUCGACAUGGCUGCCGAAGGUCAGCUUGUCGUCUAUAAUGACUCCGAGAGACUUCAGACUUCGCUGUGAAGUGAUCACGACUUCUCCCACAUGGAUAACUGCAUGUUGUGCCGACUUGCGGUGGUUGACGAUAACUACCUCCGUCUUAUGAUGAGCGAGCUCCAGGCCUCUCGCGCUCAUCCAUUCCUCCACCGUGCUGAUCGCGUGUUCUGCGGUUAGUUCUACAUCAGGAAUUGACUCCAAGGUUACGUCGUCGGCAAAGCCGAUCUUGACCCCAGGAGGGAACUUCAGUCUCAGAACCCCGUCAUACAUGAGGUUCCAUAUCACCGGGCCUAGGAUCGAGCCCUGCGGGACUCCGGCGGUAAUCGGAACCCUUUUCUAUCCGGCAUCGGUCUCGUAUAGCAGUACGCGGUUCUGGAAGUAACUUUCCAGGAUCCGGUACAGACCCACCGGUAGGCUAAGCCGGUGUAACGAGAGCGCGAUGGCAUCCCAGCUUGCGCUGUUGAAUGCGUUCUUCACGUCAAGUGUCACUAACGCACAGUAUCGAAUACCUCGCCUUUUCCGUUGGAUCGCUAUCUCGGCAGUAUUUAUCAUUGAGUUGAGAGCGUCCACUGUGGACUUACCCUUCCGAAAGCCAAACUGGUUGCUUGACAGACCGUCCGUACCUUCCGCGUACGGGGUUAGCCUGUUGAGGAUGAUCCUCUCAAGCAGUUUGCCAGUCGUGUCGAUCAGACAGAUUGGUCUGUCAAUGGGGGGACUGGGACAAUGUCUGUGUGUGUUUGUCUGUAUGUGUGUGUAUGUAACGGACAAACCCUCAUUCGUGUUUCUCAGCAAUGGCUGAACCAAUCUUAUCCAAACCAAUUUUAAAUGAAAGGCCUAUCACCCAGACAGAACGCUAUUAAAUGGUGUUUGAUUCUGAUGUUUAGUUUCCAAGAUAUGAAUGUUUGAAGGUGCAAAAAUCGCGUUUUUUUUCAGUUUUUGAAAUUUGCUGCCGAAAUUGAUGACGUUACUAAACAAUUUAUAUAAUUUUAGAAAGCUUAUACGAAUACCUUUCGAACGAACUAUAGAUUAUUGAAAUCGGACUAUGAUCAAAAGAGAUAUUUAACAUUAAAUGCGGACGAAAGAUUUUUAUCAUUUCCCAUAGCUUGAAAUAAGACCAUAAACAUUAAAUGUAUUAUUAGCGCCAAAACGGAUAAUUUUAGGUCAAUAGUAUCUUCGGACAAUUUAAAGCAUACAAUAUGCCCUUUCUUUUGGUAUUGUGAGUUUACUGAUUAAUCUCCCUAAGAGUGAGAUAUUUUCAUAAAUUUUCUUGGAAAUGAUUGAUUUGAAAAUUUGUCGCUCUCACUUUUGCGAAUAUCUUUACUGAAGACAUCAAAUACUUAUUUCGAAUACUUUGAAAGUUAUGGCUUAUUGUUUGUAGAUAACCGUUUGUCGCCUAUUUAUUGUUCAAUAUAGUAAUAAUCCAUUUGAAUGAGCCAAAUAUUAUUUCGAUAAAACGAAUUUCGUAUUUUAGUUUUCUAUCUACAACCGCUAGAAUAAACACCGAAUAAUUCCAAGUUGUCUAGAUGGAACUUGAUCACUUAUCGGUGCAAAAAAUUUAAGGGUUGUGUACAAGAGACGACCACGAUGACAUUAAAGAUGCAGCCAGUUUUAUGAGCAAACAAUAUUAUUCGUGGCCAAAUUAAAACCCCUUAAUAUCAUCGACUGUUUCAAAACUACACACAGGCAUGCUAUUCUUCACUGGAGAUAAUUGUUGAAUUUUUAAAUUAAAAUCGAUAACCUGUAGUGUGAAAAUUCAAGUUUUAAAAAGUUUUAUUUAAAUCCCCGAAAUGGGAACAUCUGAUGCAACACAUGAAUUUUUUGAAUUAAUGAUGCUCACAAACAAAACCUUACCCCUCUUUAAAUGCCUGCUAUCAAAUUAAAUGUUUGCAAGCACGAUAGGAAAAUAACUGGUCAUAAAUCAAAUUAUUCGUAAACGAAGAACAAGAACGUAAGAAAGUUUAACAUAUGUAUCUUUAUAUAUUUGGUGGUUUAAUUAACAAUAAUUCUGAAAUGUUCUAUAUUUUGGGGUCUUAAAAAGAACUAUUUUAAGGGAACCAUCAAAUUAACUCUUGUAUGUGAGCUCCUGAAAAGGACCAUGAGUGGAAUUCUGAAAAAGGACUAUUUGUUUCAUCCAAAAACACGCGUGCUAUGGAAUGAAAAGUACUAAACUAACUAAGGGCUUUUAGUUUAGCAAAAAUAACAUGCAGAAUGGAACAAUUAGUCAGCGGCAAAAAAAGGUUUACCAUCUCUUUCAGCCGCGCGCUACUUACAUCAGAUAAAUAUUUAGAAAUGAAAAGAAACAACCUUUCCCUUCAGCAGCUAAUAUGAAAUACUAAUAGCUUUAAACGUGACAUCGGCUUUUUAUCACUUUCGCACUGAUUUUUUUUUUAAAUUCGUUUAUUUGGCACGGCUUAAGGCGUUAGCUUCACGGAGCCAUGGGUCUUUUAUAUAUUUACAUGAUGUAAACAAUAAAAAUAACAAACAACGAUCCCGUCCGCGCAACUUGUUAUUGCGCGCGGAGAUCCGUUUUCGUGUCGGGGAAAUCCUUGCAUUCACGUCAACUAUAUCAAGGUGGUCAUUGGUAUCUUUGUCGUCUUCGCACAUGGCCGGGUCAUCAUCGGGGUUACUGCCUUGAUGUUCGCGAUCAGGUGUUGUUCCUGACUUCUUUCCCUUUCGGGUCACGACCGUGAACCCUCCGUCAUUACUAGUAGCUCCCUCGUUGCUAGAAUUAGCUGUUGAGUUUGUGGUACUUGACGCGGCUUUCGCAGUUGUCAUUAUUGCUUGAACAGCAGCCACAAAUUUGGCAACCGUUUGUGGCUCAGGGAAUGAUAUUGGAGACUGAGUAUUUCUUUCUGUAGAUGAGCUUUUCUUAGCGGUUUCUGGGCAGGGUUGUCCGUAAUGUGCCGUUUGUUCACAGAACUGGCACGUGUUAGUUUGUCCUUGAUAUGUACAUAGAGUUCGCUGUAUAAUGGUAUCACCCCCUUCUGUUGUGUACUGCUGGGUAAGGUAGGAGGGAAUGGGUUGGUCUAUCCGCAUUCUCACCACAAAAACACCAUUUGAAAUAUCUGGAAAGUAGUUCCUUCACGUAUCCUCCGUGAUUGAUUCCACUUCUCCGAAAUACGACAUGAAUCUUUUAAUGGCCACUUUGCAAGUACGUGGGGCCAAAUCAUGUAAUUUAACUUCCAUGUUUCCGUUAUCCAUAUACACAGGGAUCUUGAUUUUUGCGGUGUCACAAUCCAGCACGUGUUUCAAGUUGUUUUGCGAAAUGAAUCUUUUUGCCUGGGCAAAUUUGUUGAACGUUAUCAGCACCGCGUGUCUGACGUGCUCCAACUGAAUGAAACUGACGUCUGAAAACCGAAGCUGCAUUUUCUCCUUCAGCAAAUGUUCCACAUCACCAAUACUCGGUCUUAUGCGGAAAGACCGGAAGUCAAUGGCCACCGUGUUGGCCCGAAGAAUCACAUUUUGUUGACUCAGUCAUCUUGAUGGAAUAAUAGUAACGGUUCCCUUUGUUCUUCAGACAAAGCAAACAAGAAAAAAGCAACUGCUUGCGCUGGCUUGGGUAGCAGCAGAGAGCACACUGGUAUUGUGACUGAUGCCUUUGGCGGUUGAGAAUAGACUGACUUUCGCACUGAUGAUGGAAGGACUGCCUUCAUGCAGAAUAACGAAAAAAUAUUUGCGGAUUCUUUUUGGUACGGCUUUCGCUAGUUCGCAGUGUUGCCAAAUCCACCAAUUUUCUGAAACAUUGCAGAAUUUUGAAUUAUGUUACCGAAAGAUUAUUUUUAAUGAAUCACAGGCUUUGAUCAAUUUCAGCCUGGAAAUGUACCUUUAAGUAGCAUUAAAUUUAAACAGAUUGCUGCAAAUUUCAGAUUGCCAAUAUACGCGCAAGCAACACAUAACGAAUAUAAACUGCACAAUUGAAUUAUCGCUGUCAAUGAUUGGAAAUAUUCAAAUUUGUUCUUUAUUGUUUGUUAUAGCCCUUAAAAGGGCUUUUAUUUUAACAAUAAUAACAUGCAGAAUAGAACAAUUAGCUUCAACUGAGGUUUGCCAACUCUUCUAGCCGCGCGCUAUUUACAUCGGAUUACCCCCAGCGGUAGUGAUUAAAUGCAGAACUCAUCACAGCGAAUUGUCAACAUGCAUGAUUGCUACUGCUGUUCUUUACGACCCGACGUUUGACGGGAGAAUGAAGUCGCUCGAGGAAUGAUAUUCUUUAAAUAGUCGAUGAUGACGUCAUUUAUAGAAGCGUAGUGUGCUGGGUGCUCAAAUCUAUCGUACGAGACGCUAUAGGCACGAUGUUACUUGCCUGGCAAAAGAGCAACAACUGAUUCAAACCGGCACGCGGCACAUUUAUUUAUAACUUUUCGUGUUCGUUUGAAUUACUAAGCUGCUCCCUAUUGACGGCUCUGCCGGGGAUAGAUUGACUGAUGUAUGGGAGUUUUCGCAUUUUCGAGGUCUGUUCAUUUUUGCUUGUUUUUCAAUAGUGUGCUAUUGAAAUAUAAAAACACUAUAGCAAUAAAAUAUAAUUUCAGUUAAUUCCGAAUUGUUUGGUGAUAACCAGACGGAAAUCCGUUCAUAAAUAACAAAAUAGUGACGCAAAAACGUGACAUCGUUUGAUUUUAGAUUUUAGAAUGACACCCUGCCCCAGAUAGUGCAGUAAGACAUUUUCAAUGUCAAAAUUUCAUUUGCGCGUACCUUCUGACUUAUAACCAUCGGAUCGAUCUGAAACAUAUCUCGUAAAAUGAAAAGCGAAAUAAAUAACGCCAAGCAGCGGUGUAGUCAAGAGGAGGCAUUGGAAUUUAACCACACACCCUCCUCACCCAAAAAAAUUAGCAGAAAGUAAAAAUUGUUUUGAUGCUGACUGAUUUAAUUCAAUAUUACAAUGACAAUUAUCUGAUCAGUACAUUGAUAGCCUAUUGUUUGAAACAUCAUGAGGACCUUUGAAAAAUUGUGGGAAUGCGAUCCUUAUCUGUAACUGAUCUAUUGGUCUUGAUCUCACAGUUGUUUAAUAACAUCAAUAUCAAAUCUAACGCUUUUAAUCCACCUAACAGUGUGAUGAGACAUUUCUUAUAACUCUUAUCAUUCUCUUCGGAUAUUAUAUCGUUUGAGAACAUUUAGAACUUGAUGCUUCGCGAUGUUUUUGAUAACACAUACUACUUGGGAUAGUGGAAGGACUCAGAGAAUCGCUCAAAUCAGCAUAGGACAACAUCAGUGCUAGAUAUCUCAAGCCAAAUUAAUGGGGAAAGCGACAAAAUGGCCCAUAAAAUAGACAUACAAACGAAUUAUUGCUAAUGCUCUGUCAAUAAAAUAUCUAAAUUCCUCAAUCAAUGCAUUGUGGUGGGAAACUGCAUUUUCCUAUACAGUGACACAAUCUCAUAUUCGUUCACCUCUAGUGUAUAUGUUUAAUAUUAUUUCACAAACGUUUGCGCUAUUUAAUAUAAAUAUUGUUUUUUAAAUGUGGUAGUAGAAUCAUCAUCUGUCAUUUUCUUAUCAUUUGUAAUCUAAAGUGUGCAAGUUUCCGUACACUACGCAUAAAAAAUCAUUACUUGAUCUGAAAAUGGCACAAUUUCAUAUUCGUACACUUUUGAAAAGUCAUUUAAUUUGUAAUUUAAGACUUGUUAUUUCUUUAUUUUUUAGUUUUACUUUGAGAAAUAGAUUUUAUGACUUCAGAAAAGUGUUCAUUGGAACAGUUUCCUUAACACUAGUUUAAGAAAUUCCCUCAAAUUAACGUAAUGGUUAAAAAAAGUAAAUUAACUGCCAUUAUGGGACGAAAACUAAUUAUUACUCACCAAAAUGAAGCUAAAUCACUUCAUAAAAUCUUUGAAAUGGUUCAAAGGCUGCGUCCAACUAUUUAACAUGUUGUUAAAAACUUUGAUGUGGCGAAAUGCAGAACAGAUAUUGCGAAAAACUUGAACUGUUAAAAAUUUGCGAUGAGGGAUAAACGAUUUUUAAUUAGAAAAAUUUGGGAAAAUCGAGUAAUUAAUGUUAUAUACAUGGUAAAUAAAUCGAAUUAUAGCAUUUAAGUAUAAGUCUGCUCUGGUACGGCUCGUAAUGUAGGGAGAACGGACAAUUACAAUGCCUGUGUUCUGAGCAAGAAGCUGUUCAUCAAUAAGAAGAACAGAGAAUUGAUUUUUUAGACACUAAACAACUUUAUUGAAAUAUUGGAAAGAUGUUAAACUUUGUCUACGAGUCCAAAUUCAACAUCUUUGACUCAAAUUGGGUGGAGAAAAUCGAGCUCAGACCUAAACGUAAUAGUCUUAUAACAGCAGCUAAGCGCAGGAACAGUGCAGUUAUUGUAUGGGGUAUUAUAUGUCCACCAGAAGUGCUAGAAAUUUGGUCUUCAUUGAUGGAAUGAUGGAUCAGAAUGUGUAUUUUAAUAUGAAUGUCUUAAAAUAAAUUUUAAAGCAAAGCUUCCGUAAAAUGGUACUUUUACUAAAAAUGGUGGACAUUGGAAAUUCGAUCAGGAGAAGAACCAAAGCAUAAGGCGUGCAAAAAACGUUUAGAAUAAAUUUAUAAUUGUUUAAAUGUUAUGGAUUCUCUCGCUGUAGACCCCGUUUAUUAUCUGAUUAGAAAAAUAAAUGGGAGUAUUUGGCUAAAAAGUACAAAACUAUCCGGAUUAUAAUGAGAAUGAUCUUAGAAACUAUUAUUUAUAAGAAUGGGAUAAAAUUUAAGCUGAAUGCACACAAAAACUAGUGGUUAGCAUGCCAAUACGAUUGAAAACUGUAAUUACAAACAAAAGGUACCACAUUGAAUAUUUAUUAUAGAAAUUUCAAUUGAUUUUUAAAAAAAUAUGUGUACUGUACGAAUAUGAGAUUGCGUGUAUAUUUGACUAUCUUUAGAAUAAUGAUUUUUUUGUGAAAAAUGAGCAUUUGUUGUACAAAGAUAAUUAUUGUAUCUUCCUUAUGCUGUCUAGUAAACUACUUCUACAUAAAUAAAAUGUCUCGUGAACUAAUUUUUUGCUUGUAAAAUGCAUAUAAGCAUUCCGCACAGCGGUGUACGAAAAUGUGAUUGUGUCACUGUAUAUUGUUCUGAUCCAAAAAAAUCGAAUUUUUUUGAAUCGAUUUGAAGUUUAUACUUUACUCAAAUUUCCAACGCGACUGAGAACUAAGAAAUGAAAUCGCAGCUCCUGAUAUCACGCUACCUCUGAAGUGUAUACGUGCAUAGUUCAAACUUUACUUCGGCAUCGACUUUUUCUAAAAGUGACUUACCGAUAGUAUCCUUGAUUUGAAUUAUUAUCGCUAAUCCUAAUGCCAAAGAACAAAUAAAAACCUCUCGAAUCCGAACCGUUUGGGAAAAGCAUCAUCAUUAGUGGAAUUUUCAUUUUCGCGAAACUUUUCGAUAACCUACCGUCACUUGCAUUAAUGAACUGGGUGCACAAUGCUCUGAAAAUUUACCGAAAUCGUCUUAGGGCACCAGCGGGUCUCAUUCAGAGCCAUUUGCCCAGCGAGUUAAAUCUGUAAAGAAUCCUAAAAAUUAGCUUCUAUUACAUAAUUUUCAGCUCAGCAAUUCGAGAGACCGUGCUCAUCGCAAGCCAUGAAAAAUAAACUGCAUAUAAACACUUAAGUAUAGCAAUUAAUUGGUAUACGAAUUGGAAUAGGUUCGCCAAAUUUUGGAAGAAGUCGAUAAAAUAACCCCAUGAAAACUACCUAAAAAUUGUUGUAGUUCGAUGGUAUAAAAACAAUUCCCAAAAAUGAAAUGUACCUAUUUAUGUGGAACGCAGUGGAUAAUACAUACCAUAAAGACCCGUUUUUAUCAGUCUCAUGGUGUAUUUUAAGAUGACAAAAUGGGGACAUUGACUAAAUCGGGCAAUUUUCAUUUCUUUUUAAUACACUGAAGCUGUUAAAAUAUUCUUCCCGUCGCUUGAUGUAGUCUGAUAACUAUUUCUGAUUAUUUAAUAUAAAUUUCUUUUAAGCGGGUUUUCUUGCGUAAAAUUCAAAAAAGAUGAACUUUUUAUUUUUGCAUAUUUCCAUCUUCAUGAUAAGGAAAACAUGUUCAAGAAAGGAUUUACUCGAAUUCAGUCUUGUUUGUCUGCUAGAACCCAUCAAACACAUAUUCAUAUUUAGCUGAUCAAAUCGGAUUUUCAAUGUAUUAUAAUGGAUAUUCAGCAUUCGAAGAAGUUUCUUGUGAACGACUGUAGAACGAUUUUGUUUCUACUUACUUGAAGUCAGCGACGUAGCCAGAAAUUCGGUUUGGUGGGGUUUUGGUAAAAAUCGAACUUACUGUCCGACCGGCAUAAUUCAGAAACCCUUAUUUUUUAUGUUUUAAAAUUAUGCAGAAUUAAUUUUUCAGAAAAUAGUAACAGAGUUCGUGUCUUUAGCGAAUUUGUUAAGACUUUAUUGUAGACAUGAAUAUUAACCUGAGUAAAUUCGCCAUAAAUUCUUCUUGGACGAUAUAACGUCAAAAAAAAAUUUAUUAAAUGAUAUGUUGUUUAACUAUUGUAAAACUCAUCGAAGACACUAAACCUCCGAAAUUAGCGGUUUCAAAAUGAUGCUAUCUUGACCUUAAAUUACUGUUUUUGAACAUUUAACCUAUUCAUAUAAUUGGUCAUAUAACAUCAAAUGCUCAUCAAAAUCGAUCAGGACCUGCUAGAGUCGAAUGUAAAACGCCAUUUUUCAUAAAUUUCUCUCUUCAUUCGGAAAGUGUUAUCCUCGUUAUUAAUCAUAUUACGUUUCUCUCUCAAAUCGACGCAUUCCCAAAAUAAAAACCUUUUUUAAUCCACCUAGUGGUGCAAUUAUGCCUUUCUCAUUUGUCCAGACUACGAUUCCAUGGCUGGUUAUAUUGAAUACAAUGGUGGAAAUGUACAUUACAUAUUCAGUACGAUUUGCACAUACAUACAAUGGAUCGACAGCCACGAUCUUGAGAUUGUAUGUGUCGAUACUGAAACAUCGCUUGAAACCAGCGGCGGAUCAUGGAGGAAGAUCCGGGAGGUCCGGGUCCUGCCGAAAAUUUUCAACUUGUUAAGAAAUUUUAAACUAGUUUUAAUUUUAAAGUAGCAACCCCUCACUGCAUACUCCCUCCGGGCCGGAAUGAUUGAUGAUUUUUAGAGUGAUUGCAUAACUUUUUCAUAUGAGAAAGGCAAAAAUGUACCAUAGUCCAAAAAAGUCAAGCUUUGUCAAAAAAAAUUUUUAGAAGUUUCAUCAAAUCUCAAUGUUUCAUGCAUCUAAAAAUCAUUUGGCAUCAAAAAUACGAAUUUGUUUUUGAAAGGGGAGCUUUGAGAAUUUUUCAUUUCAGUUUAUAUGGGAAUUUGCUGUGUGGUCGCAUCCUUCAACCCAUAGCUCCGGAACCGGAAGUCCAAUCAAUAAAAAAAUCAAUAGCACCCGAUGGGAAGAUUGUACCUUUAAUUUGAGACUAAGUUUGUGCAAAUCGGUCCAGCCAUCUCUGAGAAACAGAGGUACACACAUACAUACACACACAAACAUUUUUCGAUCUCGAGGAACUGAAUCGAUUGGCAUAUGACACUCGGCACUCCGGGUCGGGAUUAGAUUGACGAAUUUUAGAGUGAAUGAGAAAGGCAAAAACAUGUUUAGCAAAUAUUGAAAGUUAUGUAAUUUUUUGGUGAAUAGUUCUAUGUUCAAUAGCUCUUAAAUCAAUUUUAUCUUCGUUUCCUAUUAAAUAAAGACCCUUAUUACAGUACAUCUCUACGAAAUCGAGCUCAAUUUGAAAAGAAAUCUGAGGAUUAUGAUUGAGUACAGAACUCUGGAAUUUUCUAUCGGAAUGUUUUCAGGCAGGAAUUUGAUAUUGAUGCCAAAUUUAGUGCCAAAUUGUUUAGUGUUCACACACGACGUGUGACUUUUUGGAUUUUAGUGUCUAACUAGUGCUAAUUUGGGUACUAGCUUAGCUACAUCGUCUAACUAGACACCCAGUUGGUGCUAGUUACUGACGAGGAGAAUCCGAAACACUAAAACAAAAAACCGUACUUUAUGUAAGGUAUGUGCCCUUAUGCACAAAAAAAUUUGGCAUCGUCCAAAAUUUUCCCUUUGGGGAUUUGCAUAAUUUCAGGCGUUUGGGUCUUCAAACCACAAGACAGUUUCGGUUCAUAUUCUUCGUCGGCAAACAGAACUUCUGUGCUUACUAUCGAGACAUCACUCGGUAUAAGCCAGUUGUUUAGUGUUCACACAAGACGUGUGACUUUUUGGAUUUUAGUGUCUAACUAGUGCUAAUUUGGGUACUAGCUUAAAUACAUCGUCUAACUAGACACCCAGUUGGUGCUAGUUACUGACGAGGAGAAUCCGAAACACUAAAACAAAAAAACCGUACUUGAUAUUGAUGCUAUUAGACAACUGUGAAAUCAAGACCAAUAGAUCAGUUACAUAUCAGGACCCCAUUCCGAUAAUUUAUCAAAAGUCCUCAUGAUGUUUACAACAACAGGUUAUCAAUUUACGGAUCAGAUAAUUCUUAUUGUAAUAUUGAGUUAACCCAGUCAGCAUGAAUAAAUUUUUAACUUCAAUCCAAUUUUUUUUGUUGGGAGGGGAGGUGUAUGGUGUUAAACCCCAAAACCUUCUCUUGGCUACGUUGGUGCUUGGAGUUAUUUAUUUCGUUUUUUAUUUUCCGAGAUAUGUUUCAGAUCGAUCCGAUGGUUAUAAGUUAGAAAAAUUGCAGUCAGAAGGUUCGCGCAAAUGAACAUUUUUGCACUGAUAAGUUAUCAAGUUCCUUCCUUGGAAUUGUUCGGUGAUUAUUUCUAGCAGUUGUAGAUAGAAAAAUGAAACACAAAAUUCGUUUAAUCGAAAUAAUGUUUGGCUUAUUUAUAUGGAUUAUUACUUUUUUGAGCAAUAACGUUAAACAGCACAUCAUUUGAUAAAAUAAUUUUGACGCUAUAUCGUCCUAGAAGUAUUUAUGGCGAAUUUACUCAGGUUAAUAUUCAUGUCUACAAUAAAGUCUCAACAAAUUCGCUAAAGACACGAAUACUGUUGCUAUUUUCUAAAAAAUCAAUUCUGCAUAAUUUCUUGAGCAUGUUUUCCUUAUCAUGAAGAUGGAAAUAUGCAAAAAUAAAAAGUUCAUCUUUUUUAAAUAUUACGCUAGUAAACCCCUUUAAAGUAAAUUUAUAUUAAAUAAUAAGAAAUAGUUAUCAGACUACAUCAAGGGACGGGAACGAUAUUUUAACAGCUUCAGUUUAUUAUAAAGAAAAAUAAAAUUGCCCGACUUAGUCAAUGUCCCCAUUUUAUCAGCCAAAAAUACACCAUGAGACUGAUAAAACGGGUCUUUAUUGUAUGUAAUAUUCACUGUGUUCCACAUUAAUAGAUACAUUCCAUUUUUGGGGAUUUUUUUAUUACAUCGAACUACAGCAAUUUUUAGGUAGGUUUCUAGCGGUUAUUUUAUCUUCCAAAAUUUGGCGUACCUAUUCCAAUUCGUAUACCAAUUAAUUGCUAUACUUAAGGGUUUAUAAGCAGAUAGAGAAAAUACCGAAAUUUUCAGCUUUUUUCGUGCACAAUAUUACAAAAGCUUAUUGAACAUUGAACACUCAUAAAUUUGUGAAAAUUAUAAACUAUUUGAAAUUUUUAAUAGUUUUAUUUUUUAAUAAACCGUGAUUUUUUAAUAAAUAGUGACCGUCGCUUCACAACGCGGUAUAUUUUUCAUGGCUUGCGGUGAGACGGUCUCUCUAAUUGCUGAACUGAAAAUUAUGGAAUAGAAGUUAAUUUUUAGUAUUCCUUAUUCGCCGGGCAAAUGGCUCUGAAUGAGACCCGCUGGCGCCUUGAUGCUAUUUCGCUAGAUUUGCAGAGCAUUGUGCACCCAGUUCAUUAACGCAAGUGACGGAAGGUUAUCGAAAAGUUUUGUGAAAAUGAAAAUUCCAGUAAUGAUGAUGAUUUUCCCAAACGGUUCGGUUUCGAGAGGUUUCUAUUUGUUCUUUGGCAUUAGGAUUAGCGAUAAUAAUUCAAAUCAAGGAUACUACCGGGAAGUCACUUUUAGAAAAAGUCGAUGUCGAAGUAAAGUUUGAACUAUGCACGCAUGCACUUCAGAGGUAGCGUGAUAUCAGGAGCUGCGAUUUCAUUUCUUAGUUCUCAGUCGCGUUGAAAAUUUGAGUAAAGUAUAAACUUCAAAUCGAUUAAAAAAAAUUUCGAUUUUUUUGGCUCAGCACAAUAUAUAAUCCCUUUAGGAAAAUUCAGUUUUCUCACCACAAUGCGAGGGGAGGAAUUUGAAUAUUUUAUUAACAGUGCAUUAGCAAUAAUUUGUUUGUAUGUCUAUUUUAUGGGCCAUUUUUUCGCUUUCCCAUUGAUUUGGUUUGAGAUUUCUAGCACUGAUAUUGUCCUAUGCUGAUUUGAGCGAUUCUCUGAGUCCUGCCACUAUCCCAUGUAGUAUGUGUUAUCAAAAACAUCGCGAAGCAUCAAGUUCUAAAUGUUAUCAAACGAUAUAAUAUUCGAAGAGAGUGGUAAGAGUUAUAAGAAAUGUCUCAUCACAUUGUUAGGUGGAUUAAAAGCGUUUUUAUAAUAAAAAGUUACUAUUUUGUGUAUUUUUUAAACUAUUGUUUACUAAAAUGAAUUAUGAAGGUGUUCUGCACUACUUUUUCGAAUUAAAAAAUACCACAUAUACUAUUUUUAGUACCUAACAACAUGAUCGAAAAAAAACACCCGCCAUUUGCAAAUAUAACAUUAUCAAAGUAUAAUAAAUGUAAGCGCGGUAAGCAAGGGUGGUACACCUAUAUUCAGUCUAAAACUUUGAAUUCAAUGCGAUGACAUAUACAUAAUUAUACAUCAAGCGAUUGCAAUUAAGACAGGCUACAGUUUAUGAAGAAAGUUUUUUGAACUUCUUCGAUAAAUUAUAGCCUGCCUUAAUUUCAAUCAAUUGAUGUAUCAAUAUUUACAUGUCAUCGCAUUGAAUUCAAAGUUAUAGGCUGAAUAUCUAUUUGUCACGGUUGGUUUUCGCGCUUCCAUUUAUUAUCUUUUGAUAAUGCGACAAAACCUGCAACAGGCGUUUUGGUUCAUGUGGAAUCGCCGCAUCGCAAGCUAUUUACGCCUUCAAUCCGUUGUUCGAAACCCGUACGUAGCGACGUUCGGCGUGCAAUAACUAAGUUGCAGAUGGCGGGCCAUUUUUUUUUCUCGGCAGCAGGUUGUUAGGUACUAAAAAUAGUACAUGUGGCAUUUUUUCAACAAAAACCAGGCGCAGAACAUUAUUAUUAUUAUUACUGUUUAUUGUUAGACUUUAACCCCGAGGUUGUUUCGCCUAGCAGGCGCAGAGCAUUUUUUAUUUUGUUUUUGUAAACAAUUUUUUAAAAAAUAUACAAAAUCAACUUUUCGGAUCGCAAAAAAAUACGAAUAAUUUGAGCGACCGAAAUUAAGAAUCGCAAGGAUAUAACAUGCUUCCAAAACCCGUUUCAAACAUAUUAGAAUAUAAAAAUCGGAAAUAAACUUCAAGCAUAAAAAUCGGACAGAAAUCCUUCAGCAUAAGAAUCGCUUAAAAAGUUCUCACCCAUAAAACUCGGCAAGGGUGAACCUCCAGUAUAGAAAGCGUUUAAAAAUAAUUAAAUCGCUCAGAGGAGUAUCCGUAUAUUUUGAUGUUCAAGAUUAAAAGUCUGCUAACAAUAAAAAUCGGAUGUAUUUCUUUCCGGUUUUUUACUGAAAGUUUUUUUACCCGACUCUUACAAAGGAAUGUCCCAGUCCGAUUUUUAUGCUUGAAGUUUAUAUCCGGUUUUUAUAUUCUAAUAUAUUUGAAACAGGUUUUAUGAAGCAUGUUCUGUCUUUGCGACUUUUAUUUUCGGUCGCUCAUUUGUGACUCACAACAAUUUCAUUGCUGGUUAAUUCGUUAAAAUCGGUCAAUUAGGUCGCCCGUAGUAUUUAAUUCUUUAAAAAUGAACGGACCAAAUUUCAAAUGUCAAUAUCAUGGUAAAAAAAAUUUUUUUGCCACCUCAUCUGGAUUUAUAUUUGCAACGCCAAAUUCUACCAAAAAAUGUAUCUUCCAUCGAAAUUGCGCUAGCACCUAAUUUGGGUGGCCCACUUGAGAAAUAUUGUGCUAAACUUUGCAUAAUUUUAAUAUGACUAAAUUUUUACUAAACCCUGUGAUCAGGAACCGAUUCUUAAGAUCUGGGGUGGCAUAACGCAUCUCGAUUCGAUCAAAAUUCUAUCGAAUCGAGAUGCGUAAUGUAUGUAUUUCGAACCGAGCUCGAAAGUAAAUUUUCGUUCGAGUUCGAUCGAAGAAGUACUAGAUUAUCGAGAAGUGUUGGCAUUAUGGAACCAUAACAAUCGAACUCGAAAGCGACUCGAGUCGAACGUAUUUGCUCGAUAGUUUUAUUGCUAUCGACUAUCGUUCGAGAUUAUGAUUUGUGUAUUUAUUUCAUGUUAUUUUUUAAAUUGGUUAACAAUCGGAAUACUUAGAGGAUAUAAAAUCACCAAAAGGUGUAAAAAGAUCCCGCGUACUUUGAACUACUUUAUGUUAGGGUGAUGAGUCCAUUAUCGCUAUGUUUCUAUUAUCACGCUACCCAUUUGAAGCCGUUGGUUAGAGCAGUGUCUGCCAUCUUUGUUCAACGCAUUGAGUCAAAUGGUAGCGCAACAAUGGGGGCACUCGAUUCGUGUUUUCGUUGCGCUCAAACACACUAAUUUCACUGUUUUCAGCGCAUGUAUGUUAUUAUCUUGGUACUUAACAACGAAGCAAAGCUGUUGAUGCCAGUUUUUACGCAUUCCAUUAUUUGUAGGCCGAGUAUUUAAUGAUUCAGUGAGACGCCCUCCUUAGUAUGGUGAAAAUAGGCACUUCACCCUAUAUCUAUUUUCAUCAUCAGGAACAUCCUUUUUUGUAAAAAGUAAUACUAAAUAUUGAUAGUAAAUUAUUUUACACCAAGUAAUAAUAAAAAGUGUUCAAACAAAUCGAUUGAGCAAAGUGAAAACACUUUGACUUGUCUAAUCGCUCUUUGAUAGAUAGGGUGAUGAGCCCAUUAUCGCUAUGUUUCUAUUAUCACGCUACCCAUUAGAAGCCGUUGGUUAGAGCAGUGUCUGCCAUCUUUGUUUAACGCAUUGAGCCAAAUGGUAGCGCAACAAUAGGGGCACUCGGUUCGUGUUUUCAUUGCGUUCAAACACGAGAAUUUCGCUGUUUUCAGUGCAUGUAUGUUAUUAUCUUGGUACUUAACAACGAAGCAAAGCUGUUGAUGCCAAUUUGUUCGCAUUCCAUUGUUUGUAGGCCGAGUAAUUAAUGAAUCAGUGCGGCGCCCUCCUUAGUAUGGUGAAAAUAGGCACUUCACCCUAUAUAGAAUCACAAUCAUUCUUGAUUUCAAAGUGGUGAUUUACACAAUUUUAUAUUCGAAUUGAUGCAUUUGUUUCCGGCUAUACCUCAAUUGUUUUCAUUAUCACAAGAAUGUAGCCUUGAAUUCAAUGCCAUAAUGUGCGUUUUAUACACCAACGAAUUUAAACAGAAUUAUGUGUUAUAUCGUUAUUUCUAUUAAAUGCAUGAAAAUUCAAAAUAUUAUCUUAUAUAGCAAAGAACUUUGAAUCAAAUUGGAUUGCUAACAAAUUUGAAUGCAUCAACCGAUUAAAAAUUAUACCAUCUACAAUUUCUGGAAGCACUAAAUUUUAUAAUCUUUAUUUUGAUUGUGUUCUAUCAUUCUCCCUGCCUCUAGUUGUGUGCUAUAUCUUUAACAAAAUAAUUACUUAACAGGUACACGGAAACUCCGCAAACACAAAAACGAAUUUUUGUCUUGACUAUUUCAACUAAAAAUGGCUAUUUCAACAAACUAGUUUUUUGAUUUUUGCGUCAUCAAUUACUGAAAAUAUUAUAUCUUUUGGAAGCUAUUAGUUUCCUGAAAAAACACUGAAAACAAAAAUUUUAAUUCAAAAUUAGCCAUUUUUAUUGAAAAGGGCAGUUUGUUCGCUAUGAUUAUUUUCCAAAAAUUUUGAAGCUAAUAUAAAAGCGACUUCGAAGUUGUGUUGUUUUAAACAAUUAUUUUUGAUGUGUCAAUUUAGUUGUUAUAUAUGUUAUUUAAUCUAAGUAUAAUUGUGAAUAACUCAUUCUGCAGAUAAUAAAUUCCAUCAUGCGCCUGAGGUCCAAAUAAGAGACACCAGCUAGGCAUUUCGAUGUUUCGGUGCUCCAUCUUAAACAGCGAGAUAUAUUAAAAUUUUGUGGUAGGAAGUUCAAGAAUAUAGUUAUAUCAAAUUAAAAUAAUGCCCAAGCAUUGAAAAGAGGUGGUGAGGGUGAGUGACGUGAAUAAAUUAUGAACAUGUUUGGGUCAAUUUCUUUACCACUAUCACUAUUUUUAUUCUGUGAAUUUGACGCCCAUCAGAAAAAACAAAACAAAGUGCAAUUUUGUUUACACUGAAAAAAAAUCUUAGGUGGAAUAAAAAUUAUCAUACAAUGAAUGAAAUCAUUACUCGUUUUCUGCAACAAAGCAUUUUCGUGCAUUGUAAACAGUUCGUUUCGUUUAUUUCACGAACUGAAAAAAUGGCAUCUUGAUGAACGAAACGUUGAGUAAUGUUACAUAUUUAAUGUACGGGUCAUUCCACGGCAGAUUUACAACCACAAUUUUAAUUCCUUCCAAAAAAUUUUCUUGCCUUCUUAGCACAAAAUAAAUGACAUCUAUUUUUUGUUUUGGCUGCAUACGAUAGAUUUUUUUUAAGUUAUGAGUUUUUGAAUUUUACGAAACCACUCGGAAACUCUUCGUUGUACGGAAAAAAAUAUUAAAUAAUAAAAAGUUUUCGUUUUCAAAUGAGCUCACCAAUAAAAAUCUGAUAUAGAUUUUUUGUUAUUUUUUUUUUAAAUACCCUCCACUAUCCCCCACACCAAGAAACUCGCACAGAGAUUCCCCUGGUAAUGGACACAACAAUAAUAAAAACAAAACAGAAAUACGCGGAGAUAUAAACUACAGCAAAAAAAAUGAACAAAGUGAAACCCCAGUGGAAUCAAGUUCCUUUGAAGGGAUUCACAAAGCUUAUUUGAAUUCUAAAUACUAAAUUUAUAACUAAGUGAUAACGUUUGUGGUUACGAGCAAAUACGAAAAUUAGAAUAGGCUAAAUAAUAUUAAAAGAAUAAAAAGUAGGAAAAAACUAGCAGGAGCCAGAAAAACCUACACACUUAGAUGGUUGACACACUUACAAGAUAUAUUCGUUUACGUUUCGUAUCAUAUGCUGCUUAAGCUUGCUUUUAAAGAAGAUGUUAUUUGUUACGGUUUUCGAGGCAAUAGGAAGUGCGUUAAAUUUGGAAGGUCCGUGGAUUGAGAUGCGCGUUAAACCUAAGUUUGUGAAUGCACUGCUUCUCAGUAGCUCGUUUGCGCUUCUAGUAUUCGGAAGGUUUACUCUAGCUGAGAAUACAAUGUUGUGAUGAAAUUUUGGGUUGUUUAAAAUAUUAUGUACAUAAAUAAUAGUUUGAGUAUCUCGUAAACCAACAACGGGGAUAAUUCUGUGGCGUAAACUGGUAUAUAACAAAACCGUUGAGAAUAAGGGAGGCAAAUUAAAGAUUACUUUGAUACAUCUAUUUUGCAAUAUUUGAAUCCUUUUCAGUUUCGAUUUGGCAGCGUGACCCCAGACGACAAUCAAAUAUUGAUUGAUUGAGUGAAUGCAUGCAUAAUAGAAUUGCAAUAGUGCAUCUUUGGGAACAAAACAACGUACUCUUUUCAUAAGACCACAUAGUGAUGAGAUUUUGUUGGCAACAUGUUGAAUGUGUAUGUCCCAUGAAAGGCAUGAGUCUAAAUGAAGUCCUAAGUAUUGGAAUGAUGAAACUUUUUCGAUCAGUAAUGUUCCGACGAAUGGAUCGGAAGGCGGCAAAAAAAAUUUCCGUGGCGAGUGAAAUAUCAUAUAUUUUGUUUUUGUCAGAUUCAGUGAGAGGUUAUUGCCGUUAAAAUAUUCGAUGAGGCUCGCUAGAUCGGAUUCGAUGUAUUUGAUGAUUGGCUGAACAUUGGAAUGGGGAUAGAACAAUGCUGUGUCAUCAGCAAAAAGUCUUGGAGUCCCAUGCAGUUUCAAAUUACCUAAGUCAUUGAUGAAAAUCAAGAACAGCAGAGGACCUAUGUUACUCCCUUGUGGAACUCCUAUGUCAAUCGGUCGUAGAGUGCUGCGGGCACCAUUUAUUACCACAAAUUGCUUUCGAUCUGUUAGAUAACUUCUAAUCAAUUCAUUGGCAACACCUCUUAUCCCAUAUCGGUCGAGCUUUUCUAAUAAGAUUCUGUGGUUUAUUGUAUCGAAUGCUUUCUUAAGGUCGAUGAAUAAGCCCCCCACGACCUUUUUUUGGUCAAUUUCACGGAUUAGCUCAUCAGUGAGUCCAGUAAUAGCAGUCGCCGUUCCACAACCUUCCCGGAAACCAUAUUGGAAUUUAUAAAGAACAUCGUUCGCACGUAAAAGCUAACAAGCCGAUUUGUUAAAAGCUUUUCUAAAAUUUUAUUCAGCAUCGACAAUGUUGAAAUUGGGCGAUAAUUUGAAGGGUUGUAAGAAUCACCGGAUUUGAAUAUGGGCGUAACUUUAGCAAUUUUCAAAACGUUAGGAUAUGACCCCGUAACUAUUAUGCGAUUGAAUAGUUUAGUAAUAAUCACAGAGAGCGGUCCUAUAUUGGCUUUCAUUAGAUCUGCUGAUAUGUUAUCAUGACCCCUGCUUUUUUUAACAUCAAGCUGACUAAUGAGGAUUCCAACUUCACUAACACUAGCAGGCUUCAGAAAAAUAGAACUGCUAACAGACUUAACUGGCUUCAGAAAAUCAAAUUUGUUUUUUGGGAGUUUGUCAGCUAGAUUGUUCCCGAUCGUGGCGAAAAAGCUAUUAAAUACUUCAGCAACAUGUAGAUCAGAGUCGAUAAUGCAACCAUCCUUUUUUAGUUUUAUUGGUUCAUUUGUUUUGGUACGACCAAAAACUUCAUUCAUUUUUUUCCACACGUUUGAAUGACUAGAAGUUUUUAGUAUAUUCUCAUAAUAUUCACAUUUGCAUCGCUUUUUGGCGGUUUUAACUUUAUUUGAAACGUGUUUCAACAUUUCAGCAGCUUGCGCAUCAUUAGGAUUACGUUUAGCUUUAUCAAGGUAAUUAUUUUUUAUUUGUAUCAAUCUUUUUUAACAUUAACAUUUUUCGUAAAAGUUUUGGUGCAGUCAACCAGUAGGUUGUUAUAGGUUGUAAUGAGAGUAUUUAAGGUAGCUUCAACAUCAUCAGUAGUUUGAAAAUUGUUCAAGAAUCUGGAGAAUUGGUUUUGCAGCCUAGCACGAUCGACAAUGGUCAUUCUUAACUCUUGUUGUUUCUUUCCUUUACAAAUAGGGAGAGACGAAAUAAUAGGAAGAUGAUCGCUAAUAUCGCUAAAAACUGUGUAAUUAUGCAAUUGUGAAGCAAAAUCUAUGGGGCAAAUGAAAUGAUCUAAAAUAUUAUUGCUAGUUGGCCGUGUUGCGAAAGUAUUUGUGCAAACAUAACUAUAUGAUUCUAAUAACUGUUUGUAUCUAACUACUAUGUUAUUAUUGUGAAGAUUGAUUGGGACGUUCACAUCACCCGCUAUGAAGUAUGGUUUAGUCGGGGUAGCAUUAGAUAACCAAUUUUCUAAUAUAUUCUGAAACGAGUUGUAGUCGAAUGAUGGGGGUCGAUAAACACCAAUAACGUUAUACAGAUGGCUCCGAAGUUUUAUUUCUAAAUGGAUGUAAUGCAAACCAUCGAUUGUUUGGUUAUCUAUCAAUCUGCUUUCCAGAGAACUUCUUACAAACACUGCUAAACCUCCUGUCGAGUUACUACGGCAAGAGAAAAAGGGACGAUAGCCAGGGAUGUUAUAAACACAACAGUUAUCCUUCUUAACCCAAGUCUCACCGAUAACAAUAACAUCAAUACCUAGUUUACAUUCAUUUACAAAGUAAAUCAACUCAUCAAACUUUUCAUAAACAUUAAUUCCUCUAACAUUCCACUGAACAAUAUUCAAAAGAUUCGUGUCAUUUAAAUCACAUUUUUUAUUAAAUUCGUGUAAGUUAUCAUAAAAUUUAUUUAAUAUUGUAUUGGGUGUAAAAUCCAUUUUAAUUUGAUUGAUUUCAUAGAAUUAAAAGAAAAAAACUUAUUGUGUGCUUUUCUUCCGCUUAGGCGAUGGAGAAUGCACAGAAGUUGACGGGCCCUCAGGUGUACACAGUGGUUUCAAAAAAAAUCUCUUCACACGACUGAGAUCUUCUCGAGUUUUUACCAUCUCGGGCUUAGUAUUAUCAUCUUUUUUUACUAGUAUAACACCACCCCUUCCCGCCCAAAUAUACUUCACGUUUAGCGAUUCUUGGGACUCUCUUUGAGCAAUUCCAGAGACAGCGGAGUCAAUUCAUCGCGCAAGGUCACAUUCAUAGCUCUUCCGUUAACACCAAACUUGUCAUCAAUCAAGGUCGAUGAUAAUUUACCAAAUUGUUUCUUCUUGGCAAAAACAGCCUCUUUUGAAUCUUUAUUAGAAAACACAAUUCUGAUUGGAGCCAAGCCAUUGUUCGGUUUACCACUGACAAAAAUCCGCUCAGCAGAUACUACUAAUCCCGCAUUUUCUCUCAACCCUACACAGAGCAGCAGUUUAUUAAUAAGUUGGGGCACAUUUUCACCUGAGACUGUAGGAAUACCCCAAACGACAGCAUUAUUACCCAAGACAGCUUUGUCCGAUUUGUCGACAUUAGCUUCCAACUUAUUAACAGUAACCUCUAGUUGAUUUUUUGAUUUUUUCAAGCGAUCUAUGUCGGCUUUGAGAUUCUCGUUUUCUAAUCUGAGAUCCUUAAAGUCAGUAACUAUUUCAUCAAAUUUAUCGGAAAGGAAAGCCUGGGAUUUUUCGAUAGUGGUAGUAAUCUGCUUAACUUCGGUUGUAACCGCUUGUAUUUCCUUAGCUACUGUUUCAGAAAUGGUUGCUUUCAUUGCAGCAGCAAGAGAAGAAAUCAAUGCACGACUACUAUUUUGCAUUGUUACAAUUCGUUGGUAGAUUGCUGACCAAUCUGGCGAACAAAAAUAAUUCGUUUCCCUCAAACGACGUACCGCAUAUCCUACAAUAUUUUUGCAUUUAAAAUGAGCACUCGAGAAACAGUACAUGCAAGUUAAAAUUUUCGAACUAUCGGACUCCUUUUUAUUACAAAUCGAGCAGCCAAAUUCAUCAUCGUUAUCCAUCGUAAUCGGUUCAGGGGAGCAAGUUGAAGCAGACUAUUUAAUGAGACAGAAAGGUAAACAAAUAAACAAUAUAUUGGCAACACACACUAGAGCAAAUCUAUUUAAACCACAAAAAAUAGUCAAUCGCUAAACAGAGUCAAUGGAGAUGUAGUACUAGAGCAACAGUAGUUAGGUGUAGCCAAAGGUUCCGUGUUCAAAAAAACCGUCAUAGGAGUGUGUGAAUGUGUGCAGUUAACGACAACAGUGUCAACGAUACCGUAUGGAGUUUGAGUUCCCACAGCUACUCAACAAACGAACGUUGAAGUUUGUUUUCCAGCCUACCAGACUAAAUCCACUCAACCACAACCAAAACGAUUUGCUCGUUAAGUAGCCGUUUGGGCGGCAAUGGAGAUCACAAAUAUGUAUGGUGCUGUUGUUACGGAACCACAAUGUGUACCGGAUUGUCUUCAGACUUUGUUCUACGUUUAUCAACUAACCGUUUGGGCAGUAGAAGACACGAAAAGAACUAUCGCAUGAAUCAAUCGAUAUAACAAGGUGUAUCUAUAGGUGUACUCACAGUUACCUUCUUCUCAGAGUUUUUAAUAGUAGAGUUGCGUAAAGAGGAUCGGCAACAUUGGAUCAAUCAUUGGUUUUUUAUUAAUUUUGGCAAUCUUUUAUUUUUAGUUAAAAUUCACAUGACUUCUCCCGAACGUUCUAGUUAAAAGUGAAUUUUGUGUAUUUCAUAGUUUAAAAUGAAGUGUUCAGUUUUAUUUUGUAAAAAUCAAUACGAUAAAAAGCAUCGUAUAAAGAAUUUAAGCUUUUUCCGGUUCCCGUCUGAUCCGCAAAUAAGAUCGAAAUGGAUUGAUUUUUGCCGCUUGCCCUCAGAUUUGGAAGUGACAGAAAACAGUCGAAUUUGCAGCGUAAGAUAAAUUUAAAUAAGUAUAUAUAUAUACAAGUAGAAUGCAUACCCAAAUUUGUGAAAAUUUUAGCUGCACUUUAACUAUGAGAAAGACCUUUAUAUUUCCACUGUCGGUGGAAGAUUAUUGACACUACCCAAAGCUGUUCCGGUGUUUGAAAUAGUACCAAACUUAAAUAUCAGUUCACACGACGACGAUGAUUUUCGUGUCAGUGUGGUCAUAUUGCCGAAUGAAUUUGUCAUUUUUACAAUUUAUAUGCCACUGCAGGAUUCCAACAAUAACAUUGCUACUCAAGCAGUACCGGGGUUUGUGGCUGCAAAUUCAAUUGCUAUAGAGGGCAGAUCCAAUGAGCCAAUUGAAUCGACUGUCCGUUCAGUCGGGAAGGUGGAUUCCAUGUCAGAAGAACAACAAAAGCUGGCAUAUCCACGGUAACAAUCAGGAUUCAAUAGACAUUCCGCAGAAAAUAGUGGCACGUCGUUAAUUUCUUUUUGUUUUAGUUUCAGGCUCGUUCGAACUAUCCGUCGACUACGACGGAAAAAUGAACAAAAGAAUAAAACUAUUAAGCUUCUUCGACAAGAACUAAAACGCUCAGAAUCAAACCUUGCCAAAGCUACCAGAAGCGACGCGAAACUGAAAAUAUUUAAUCCCGAGCAAGUAAGAUUAUUGCGGGAUGAUUUGGUACGGGUUCAAAAGUGGACCAACGAAUCGAUGCUCGAAAGUUUCGAAAUGCGUUUUGCUUGUGGUACGAAAGGUUACAAUUUCCUUCGGAACAAAAAGCACUAUCCUCUACCAUCGAUUCGGACACAGCAGCUACAUUUGCAACACUUGCAUUUCGACACUGGAAUACUGCAUGAGGUUCUUGAGCUAUUGCGUAGUAAAGUAGAUUGCAUGUCAAUCGCAGAUCGUGACUGCGGUGUCGUCCUUGAUGAAAUGUCGAUAGACCAAAGUCUAUCGUUUUGCAAUAACAAUAAAAAAAUGUUUGGGAAUACGACGAUCCCGGGUCAGAAUGGAAAAGCGACCCAUGGGUUAGUGGUUAUGCUAGUCGGCAUUCACAGUCGGUGGAAGCUGGUAGUUUCUUACCAUUUCACCGGCAAUACUAUACCAGACGAUUUUCAAAAGAGCCUAGUAAUUAAUGUAAUCCGGCUCGUCGAAGAGAUGGGGCUAAAGGUUCACUUUGUCACAACAGAUUGUGGACCAAAUAAUAUCCGUAUGUGGAACAAUUUUGGCCUGAAGUAUACGAAAGACCAAGUGUUGAAUAGCACGGCACAAAUUCAUCCAAUCCGGUUAUGCGAUAAAAUUGAAGUGAUACCUGAUACAACUCACGUUUUUAAAAGUUGCGUGCAGGGAUGGGUUAAAAACAAAAUUAUUUAUCUCCCAGAAGAAAUCGUAAAUGAAAACGGCUUGAUUUCGAAUGUAGAGAGUAUUUUUCAUUUGAAGGAAUUGGUUGACUUUGAAGUUGGAAAAGGCCUUAAAAUGGCAUCUCGCCUAACUUGCAGAGAUGUGGAUUUUUCUGAUAGUAACCAACUUGAUGCUAUGAAGGUUGGCAAUUCAUACAAGCUUGUUAACCACAAUGUAGCUGCAGCUCUGCGGUUCAUGAGCGCAGAAAUGAAUCAACCUGAACUUCUGACGACCGCAUUUUUCGUCGAAUGUGUUUGGAGAUGGUUCAAAGUGAUGACAUCAAGAAAAUUUGAUUUAGCUCUUAGUCUAAAAGAUAUGGAAGUUUACAAUCAAACAAUAGGCUUCCUCAAAUUUUAUGUUGGCUUCAUAUACGCAUGCAAGGUCGGUGAAGCGAAAAGGUGGAAACCGUGGCAAGCAUCCACUAUUCUUUGCACGAAUUCAAUUGUACGGCUGCAAAAACAUUUUUUGGUCGACGAGCAGUAUCCGUACCUAUUCACAGCACGUUUUACACAAGAUUGUGUAGAAAAUAUUUUCUCGCUGUUGAGGUUUAAGCAAAAACGACCCACGGCUUUGCAAUUUAAGGACAACCUGAAGUUGCUUGCAAUUUCGCGGUUCAUGGCAGCAAUACCUUCCUCGUCAUAUGAAACAGAUGACAGGAAGUGGUUGUUGAACUUGACAAAAAGCGGAAGAAACAAGGAACAUAAGCCGCAAAGAACAUCAACCGAUGCUAACGAGGUAAGACAGAAAAAAUAUGCAAUGUUAAACAAGAGUUGUUUUAUACCGUUACCAAAAUCUUGUUUCUUUGAUUUACAGGAGACUGAUUUUAUCGAAUUCGAAUUCACCGAAGAAGUUUUCGACGACCGAGUAUUCGAUAAUGCAGAACGGAACCUGAUUUACCAUAUAGCCGGAUACAUCAUGAAAAGUGUCUAGAAAAAUUAUGCGUCGUGUGAGACUUGUGUUUCUCCUUGCUUCAGUGAAUGUCCAUAUGCAAAAAAAAUUACUAAGUACACAAUUCUUAAAGAUUACACCGGCGAGGCGCUAUUGUAUGUGACAGAACCGGUAUAUAUGUUUUUUGUUGCUCUGGAGCGAAUCUUUCGAGAUAAUGUAGCAAGCUUAAUGCAAAGCAACGACAAUAUUGCCUCAAAAUUUAUUACAUUCAUGAGAGCAGUACGAAUUAAUAUCUUUGAAGAAGACUGCCACGAUAUUAGAAAUAAGAUAAUUGACCGCUUCGUAACAUUUCGACUACGAAUUCAUCAGCCGUACAAAACUCGAUCGAACAAAUAUGAUAGUCGCUCGAUGGCAGUUUAAAGUUUUAUAUCCAAUCCAUUGAAACUCGAGCAUUGUUAUUCUUGGUGUCCGAUAGGUAGACAUUUUGAGUGUUGGAUAAGUAGAUUUGCUUCAGUCUUUGCGCAACUGUUCUUUAUAAACUGUGCUUCUACUCAAUACGCAAUGUAUUCGCUUACUGGGUUCCUUCACACCAACACAGCAACAACAACACAGCAGUAACAGCAAGCCAAGGCUUGGUUAAAAAUUAUAGCACAACAAUAGACUCUUCUUGAACACGAAUGCGGUGGCAUAUAUAUAUAUUUUAUUUUGCAAUUAGUGGUCAUUCAGACCCUUCUCCACCACAAACUCCACUCAGCUAUUAACAAACACGUUAUUGUCUAUCCCGAGAUAAACUAGCAUUUCGUCGAUUUGUUACUAUAUGUGACACAAAUGAGUGCGAACGAAACAAAAAUAAACAUCAAACCGUUUUUUCGCUUGCACUAAUGCAAAGUGAACAUGCGCGUAAUUCGGCGCACGGCUUGGUGGCGCAUGGCUGAAACGUCACGAUGUGGAUUUUAGAAAAGAUUCGCAAUAUCACUGAUCUAAAUUACACUUAAUCAAGAAUAAAAUAACUAAAAAAACACUAUUAAUUCGAAGUAAAUCGCGGACUGUAUGAAAUUAGUGUCAACCAGAAACAACAGUGUUGCCAGGACACCAGCUGUUAUUUAUGUUAUGAAUUCUGCAAAUUUUAGAAGAAAAUUUAAAAAAAACAAGCUUGGACUAAAAAGUUUUUUAUUCUAUGACAACAUUUAUAAUUAUAUUGAGAACUUUAUUACUUUAUGAGAUUUUUCAAUUAAAGCGUGCCCAUAACAUGGCGUUUAAUGUAAAAUUGCCCCUUUUAAUGUUAUAAUUGUAAUAUCUUGUAAAACAUUUUAAGAUCUAAUAAGCAAGAAGAAUUGAUCGAAAUUUUAAACAAAUAAUUUUUUUUAUAAUAAUUGCGGAAUAUAGAAGUUGUAAAAAAAUCUCAAUUUUUCCGGCAAGCUCAUGCGAAAAUGCAAGUUUUUAUAUUCAAUAUUUUUUUCAUUUUUUGAAGUAAAUAUUAUAUUCAGCCAUAACAAAAAUACCUGUCAAAUAUUUUAGCUAAAGAAUUAAAAAAAAUGGGAUUGAACUAAAAUUUUAUUUGUAAAUCUGACGUUGAUUGGCUCGUACGAUGCAUGAAAGUUGUCAUCGAUAUCCAAACUAUUUUUCGUGAAUGGAACGAAAUGAUUCGUUCUUUUAUAAAUUGCUUUAUAGAGUACCCCUAUUGAGUACUAGAAAAAAUAUUAUAUUUGCGAAACUUAUCCAUAUAUUUUGAUAACAAGCAACAAAUUUAAAUGAAAACUAAAUAAAUGAAAACAAUUCCUAUAUUUUACCAAAGUUGGUUUUAUGAAACUUAUUCGUAGCAGAAUUAAAAAUAUAUUUUCUCAGUGUAUACUCUUAUUUGACAGUUUGCGCUCGAACAGGCAAUCGAAAUCUAGUACCGCAAGUUAACAAGCUCGAACGCUUGGUCGAAUGCGAUACGUAAUGCCGCAAUUUAGUCGAAACGACUUCAAAACGUUUCGAAUCGAGUCACUCGAAUCGAGAUGCGGAAUGCCACCCCUGGUUUAACCGGACUACGGUUCUGUCUGAUCCCGGGUUACAAAUCCGAUGGAUACUGAGCCUGAUAUGAUAUGAACUAGAGAAACGUAAAAGCUAUGACGGGAAACCAGAGAUGGGUUAAAAACUGGUUAAGUAGUAAGUUUGCUGCAAACCGUUCUCGGUUUCGCAGCUGGUUGUGUUCCAGUCGACGCACGACAACCAAACCCUUUUUGACACUAUAGCCCGGUUUAGUUUUGAUUUUAGUUAACCGGUGCAUGUAGGUAAAAUUUCGAUACGCGUUGUAUAAACUAUUAAGAAAUUUUUCGGUCAUUAAAAAAUUGUGAUCAGGCCUCAUAUGCAUACUUUAAAAUGUUAAUUUCCUACAAUUCCAAUGUGUGACUUAAAUUAAGUAGGAGUAGUAGAUACAUAUUUUCCACCUAAUUACUUCAUUAAUCCUCUGCUGCCCAAUCCCGUCUUUUGGCUGGGUACGGGAAAUUUGUUGUAGAAUACUAUUGCAUACUGUCACUACUAAGAAAAUCUCUUCGCAACAUUCCCACCAUUCGUACAAAUAAAUUGUUAGCUCGUUGAAUUCAUUUUUUUUUAGUAAAAUACAUGUUGAAGUUCGAAAAUUUGAGUAAAAAGAGAAAACAAUUGUUUUAUUUAUGGCAGUGUAAUUUAGUCAAAUUUUUAUACAAAUUUAAAUUUUUGGGAAAAUAAUAAAAAAUAAUGCUAAAAUGCAAACUAGUAGUACACAGCGUAGCAAAAACUUCAGUAGUACACUCACAGAAAAAUAUAGUUAUAAGCCAAAAAAUGUUAACUCGUCAAAUGAUGGUAUUUGGCAUUUUUGGAGAUUAAUUGAAAAAUCUGUAACUUUCGUGUAGAGGUAAUAUGUUUAUCAGUUUUCUCGUUACAAAACCAAUCUGAUAUUGCUUUUUGAAGCAAAACGAAAAUUUGGGCAGUGGAGAGUUAACCAGCUGGAUAUUUUCAAAUAUUUCAUACUGGUGUGAAUGCAGUAAUUUUUUGCAUCUUCUUCAUUAUCCUGAAGAUAAAAUUCGUAUAAUAAACCGGAUCGAGAUGAAAUUGUACAUCACGUGUUAGAAAAUUAUUCAAUAUCAGUGUUUUUUUUUCCAUACGUUUAUUUGACACGGCAUUUGCAAAAGCUUUUUACGCCAGUUUCUUUUUUUACAUAGCACGUUACAAAAAUCCUUAAGACUAAUUUUAACUAUACUAGUAAUUUGUCUAAAACUAACACUGAAAUCACUUUAUUGUUUGCUUUUUUCCUUACAUUGUUAUAUUUCAUAAUGAUCUAGUAUUUUCGGGUGUAUUUAUUUACUUUUUUUUUCUGUUUUUGUCUAAAUUUAAAAACUGAAUAUUCUAGGAUGCUUUAAUUGAUGAAUGAUUAGCCUUGGAUGAGAGUAUGAGGAGAUGAAUUUAAUUAAAUUUUGACAGACGCUGUUUUUAGAAAAUGAUAGAUAAGUUCCAUGUAUAGAGGAUCGCGAUACGCCAGGAUGUCUCUAACAGGAACAUGGAUUGGUCUUCCUCGGACUUGUAAAGAAUCUACUAAUUGUGAUCUGGCUUCACGAUAUUCAGUGCAGGACCAAACAACAUGCUCAAUGUCAUGGUAACCCUCUCCACAAGCACAAUGAUUACCCUCAGCGAGCCCAAUACGACGGAGAUGCGCAUCUAAAGUAUAAUGAUUGGACAUGAGCCUUGACAUCACACGAAUGAAGUCCCGACUUACAUCCAAUCCUUUGAACCAUGCCUUCGUUGAUACUUUAGGGAUAAUUGAGUGUAGCCAUCGUCCCAUAUCUCCAUUGUCCCAAGAUGUUUGCCAACUAGCAAGUGUCCUCUGUCGAGAAGCGCUAUAAAAUUCAUUGUAAGCGAUGGGUCUUUCAUAUAUUUCACCAUCUAGUGCACCAAUCUUGGCUAAAUUAUCAGCUUUCUCAUUUCCCGCAAUAGAGCAAUGGGCGGGGAGCCACACUAGGGUAAAUUUAUAACAUUUUCUUGUUAGGUUACUCAGAGAUUCUCGUAUCUUCCCAAAAAAGAAUGGAUCUUGAUUAUCAAUCCUCUUUGAGCGUAGAGCUGCAAUUGUGCUGAGACUAUCAGUGAGGAUAAAGUAAUGGUUCGGGGGUAAAGUAUUAAUUAUUUGCAAACUAUAGUGAACUGCUGCUAGUUUCGCUAUAUAAACAGAGGCGGGUUCUGCAAGUUUGAGAGAAAUUGAAAAAUUAUUGUUGAAAAUACCGAAACCAGUGGCCUCACUGAUUCGUGACCCAUCAGUGUAAAACAUUUUAAGGCAGUCUAUGUGUUGAUAUUUACUUGUGAAUAUUUUAGGGAUCUCCCGCGAGCGUAGAUGAUCCGGAAUUCCACGAAUCUCUGCUUGCAUGGACGUGUCGAAGAAUAAAGUGGAUUCAGGACUAUCUAGUAUAUUGACGUAUGUGGGAACAUACCUAGCAGGCGUUAUUUCUUGUGACAUGUGAUUGAAAUACACUGUCAUGAACCUGGUUUGGGGUUGAAGCUCAACAAGUCUUUCAAAAUUUUCAAUUACCAGUGGGUUCAUAACCUCACAUCGUAUAAGUAAACGAGAGGAGAGAUCCCAGAAUCGAUCUUUUAAGGGAAGAACUCCCGCUAGAACUUCAAGACUCAUCGUAUGUGUCGAUUGCAUGGAACCUAAGGCGAUUCGUAAACAACGAUACUGUAUUCGUUCCAAUUUAAUAAUGUGAGUGUUUGCAGCUGAACGGAAACAGAAGCACCCAUAUUCCAUUACUGAAAGUAUCUUUGUUUGAUACAAUCUUAUCACGUCACUUGGAUGAGCACCCCACCAAGAUCCGGUUAUUGUUCGGAGAAAAUUUAUCCUUUGUUGGCACUUCUUUAUCAGAUACCUAAUGUGGCCUCCCCAUGUACCUUUAGAAUCGAACCAAAUUCCGAGAUAUUUAAAGGUCAUGACUUGGGCUAUCGUUCUACCAACCAACUGAAGCUGAAGCUUAGCCGGAUCACGCUUCCUUGAGAAAACGACCAACUCUGUUUUCUCCGUAGAGAAAUCGAUGCCCAGUUUUAAAGCCCAAAUUGAUAAAUUAUCCAAGCUAUCUUGCAAUGGUUGUUGUAAAUUUAUAGCUUUUGGUCCUGUGGCAGAAACCACCCCAUCAUCUGCAAGUUGUCUUAGAGUGCAUGGGCUGACAAUACAAUUAUCAAUGUCAUUCACGUAAAAAUUAUAGAGAAGGGGGCUUAGACAAGAGCCUUGUGGGAGGCCCAUGUAACUUAUUCUGAGUGUCGCCAAAUGAAAAAUGCAUGUGCUUUUCUGAUAAUAAAUUGUAUAAAUAAUUAAUUAAUAUCGGUGAAAGACCACAUUGAUGUAGCUUCUCCGAGAGAACAUCAAUGGAGACUGAGUCGAAUGCUCCUUUUAUGUCUAAGAACACAGACGCCAUUUGUUCUUUUUUUGCGUAAGCGAGUUGGAUUUCUGACGAAAGUAGCGCCAGGCAAUCAUUCGUUCCCUUUUCUCUCCGAAUACCAAACUGGGUAUCUGAGAGCAAGCCGUUCGCCUCAACCCAAUUGUCGAGACGUCGUAGGAUAAUUUUUUCCAACAAUUUCCUGAUGCAGAAUAGCAUUGCAAUCGGUCGAUACGAGUUAUGAUCGGAGGCUGGUUUUCCCGGUUUUGGAAUGGCGAUAACUCUCACUUGUCUCCAGUCACGCGGGACAAUAUUCUGCUCAAGAAACUUGUUGAAUAAAUUCAACAAGCGUCUUUUUGCUAGGUCAGGCAGAUUCUUCACCAAGUUGAAUUUAAUUCUGUCUAGUCCCGGAGCAUUAUUGUUGCAUGAGAGGAGUGCAAUUGAAAAUUCCAUCAUUGUCAAAGGCGAAUCUAUGAAAUCGUUACUUGUGGGAGCAUCGCGAAUGAUUUUCUGCGCAGGAGCAGAAUCUGGACAAAUUUUCUUGGCAAAAUUAAAUAUCCAACGAUUCGAAAAAUCUUCGCUUUCAUUAGUCGCGUUUCGAUUCUUCAUUCUUCUGGCUGUGUUCCAAAGAGUACUCAUUGUUGUUUCUCUUGACAAGCCAUCAACGAAGCGUCUCCAAUAACUAGACUUUUUGGCACGACGUAUACUGUCAAAUUUGUUUUGCAAAAUGAAAUAAUUUUCAAAGUUCUCACGUAUACCCCCUUUCUGUUUCAUAAUUUCUUUGUUGGCAACUUGUUUAGCUUCAUAUGCAUCAGAGCACUCUUUGUCCCACCAAGGAUUAGGGGGCCGUCUAUUUAUUGUCAUUCCAGGAUUGCAUUUCGUUUGGGCUUGUUCUGCUGCUUCAAUAAUUAAGCCCGCUAGGAAUUCAUAUUCUUCGGUAGGGGGUAGCUCUUCUGUCGAAGCAAGAGAAGUGGAAAUUAAUGUUUCGUAUGUUUUCCAAUCAAUAUUUCGUGUUAAGUCAUAAGGAACAUUGAUUGAAUUCGUAAGGCCUAAUUCACUGUUAAUUGAAACAACGAUUGGCAAAUGAUCGCUACCGUGAGGAUCAGGUACAACCUUCCACGUGCAAUCUAACCGAAGUGAUGUCGAGCACAGAGAUAGAUCUAAUGCACUUGGACGUGCAGGAGGUCUGGGGAUGCGUGUUGU